AUGCCCAAUUUUCUCCAGAAUCAGCGGUUACUUCUGCGUCUGCUGCUGCUGCUCCUCUCUAGCGUCAUUCUAUGUCUUCUGUUUAUUGCCCAAGGGGAGCCUGAGCCACUACGUGUCGUGUUCCAUGCCGGCUUCCAGCAGCUGAAGCAGAGGGAGGUCGAUGUUUGGAUCGGUGGUGCCUUCGGGGCGACGAACGGCGAGGCGACGCUGGGGGUGGAGUGGAAGAGGGGCUUCGAUGCGGUGACGCUGCGGCGGGCCCGUGACUCGUACCUGAUGUGUGACAGGGGAAGGGCGAUGUUUGUCACACGCGUCCACGCCGACACCACCACGUCGGAGCUGUGGAGGCCGCACAUCAUGCAUGACGGCACAAUCGCCCUUGCGUCAGUCGUCAACAGCCGCUACCUGCGCCUCAAAGACGACGGCAAAUUGUGGUGUGAUGCCAACGAGAUUGACGGCGCGGCAUCAUGGCGGCAACUUAUGCCCAAACAAACCGCCUGCCUGCGUGCGGGUAAUGCGGGGGAUGAGGACAAAUAUACGGCAGCCUGUUGGUCGAUUAUUGAGGCCGAGACGCUUACACGCCCGACGAUUCUGUUUGGGACAUUGAAGCCGCUGGAGAGGGCAGAGCCCAAAAAUGCUUCAGACAUGUACGACCCCUUUAUCAUCGCGAAAAGGACGUUGAUAAAUUGGGCGAGACUUCCUGGAGUGAAACCUGUCGUUUUGAGCGAAGAUCCUUUUUCUCAAAGCCUUAUUGAAACCAUCAACGCGGCGUAUGCGGGGCGACCCGGUUUUUCUUCGAUUGAAAUUAUUAGUGAAUUUGAGAUGCAAAAAGAUUAUGGUCAACCCACCUACCGUGGAUUGUUCCGGUCGGUGAUCGAGCACUAUCCCUUUGCGAAGUCUAUCAUGUAUGCCAAUAUGGAUAUUCUCUUCACUUCUUCUUUGGCGAAUACGCUUGAUAAAGUACAGCAUGUUUACGAGAGGAGGAAAAAGUGGAAGAAUAAGAAGAAGAAGCUUCAGAAUUCGCCGUAUCAAGGAUGGUUUAUCGUUGGACGUCGUAUCAACGUGGAUGUCCCAACAAAUUGGUCCAUGGAUACGGAAAAUUGGGAUUCCGCAAUAGAGACACAGCUUAAGUCGCAAGGAAAGAUGUUUUCUUCAGAUGCUGAAGAUUACUUUGCCAUGAGCGUGGAUCUUUUCAAUUGGUAUGAAACGCCUCCUUUUAUUGUAGGUGGAAUUGUGUUUGACAAUUGGUUAACAUCGCGUGCUGUGCUGUUAGACAUCGCGGGCAAAGCACUGGCGGUAGAUGUCACCGGGACAUUAACGGCAAUUCACCAGAAUCACGGAAUGAACGUCUAUGCGAGUUUGUUGAAGCCAAAGUCGACAUUUAACAUUGAACUUUUAAAGAAAAGUGGUGGGAUGCCGUACCGUCUCACUGAGAACUGCCCUCAUUACACGCGUUAUGGGCGUCGCGGUAAAUUCAUCACGGUAGCCGACAGAGGGCCGCAAAAACCCAACUGGGUGAUACCCGACUACGAUGCUGCUGCUGCCAAAAUGAGUGCGUCUAACAAUAGUUUUAAACGGCCACCAUCAUGA